AGUUCAUUGAAUCUAGUUAACCCAAUACAAAGAGAUACUGCAACAAUUCCCAAACUCGGAUGGUUAAAAAUUCGAUUUACCGUUGAUAAUCCUGGAGUAUGGCCAAUGCACUGUCAUAUUGACUGGCAUCUAUCAAUUGGUAUGCUUGCGCAAUUUGUGGAAUUUCCUAAAGCUGCGAGAGAAGCAUUUGACAAAAAAGCUCCAUUUGAAUGGUGUGAAUCUUGUACCGCAGCAAAAAAUCCGACUCAAUAUUGCGCAAAUAAAAUAAGAUAA